UAAAGCCUUAAUGAAAAAUCUAUCAAACUCUCUCUCUCUCUUUAAACCUUCUCUGUGUUCUUUCUUGUAUAUAAAGACCUAAGCCUGAACCAACCCAACCACCAGUUAGAAGAGAGACUCUUUGUGAUUGCAAGUACGAAAAGUCUUUGAGAUCACAAGAAACUCUCCUUCUCAAUCCGCAGGUUUCAAGAAGAUGAGUCGUAGAAGUCCAAAGCUUGACCUUAAGUUGAACCUCUCACCUCCUACGUCAAGCCGAAGGAGGAUGGUUCGAUCUCCAAGCCGCUCUGCGACGACUUCACCAACCUCACCGCCAAGCUCAUGCGUCUCUUCGGAGAUGAACCAAGACGAGUCCUCUGUGAGAUACUCUUCUAGUCCAGAGACAACCUCGAUGGUUCUUGUCGGAUGUCCACGCUGUCUCAUGUACGUUAUGCUCUCAGAAGACGACCCUAAAUGCCCUAAAUGCCAAAGCACCGUUCUUCUUGAUUUCAACCAUGAAAACGCCUCAAACGCCAACGCACGCACUCCAGGCGCUGGCUCCUCUGGUCGUAAGACUCGAAGGAACUGAAAAAAAGACCAGUAAAACCCUCUUAAAAUCCUGUCUUUUUUUUAUUUUAAUUUUUCGAAUGUAGUAGUUGUUGUUUUAUGAGAGUAGUGCUAAUCACGCUCCACUUUUAAAACCCUGAGAAGAAGGUAGGGAGAUGAAACUAGGGUUUCCUUACAAAACUUUCAUAUCAAAAAGGGUGGAGCGCGAAUAGCACUAACUUUUCUUUUCUUCUUUAACAUUUUUCUACCAUUUGAGUUCUCUAAUGGAAGAAGAAUUUCUUAUGUAAUGUGAAAACAUGUGUCAUUGUCUCCGUAUAUCUACUCUUGAGUUCUUAUAAAUCAACAACGGAAUCGGUGUAUUGUUUCUAGGGUAAGUCUAAAAGUUAAGCAUCUAUGUUUUCUUUAUAUACUC